UGGUGCCACAUGUUAUAUAAGAGUCAAACACAAUAACAAAAAUCAUGUUUAUUUAUUAACGGUAUCAUAGAUCAAUGCAAUGGGAAUAAAAAUUACAGGGAGAGUAUACAAGUCUAGUCAUUCUAUAAUUAAGGGAUUCAUCCCCCUUAGAUAUGAUCACUCUGAAUCAAUUCACAUAUAUGCAUACCAUUCGUUUUACUUUGACCUCAUGAUGUCUUUGUAGGUACAAUCCACCAUUCUAAGAAAGAGUGUACUAGAAAAAGAUGAGAAUACCAAAUCGCUACAUCAAUAAAUCACAAUGAAUGAAGUAAAUGUUAUAAGAUGCUAAUGUGAUAUACCUCGUAAGUUAUCACAAAAAGAAAAUAACAUUAGAGUAAAUGAAUGACAUCAAUAUAAACAUAAAUUGUAGAGUAGUUGUGAGUUAUAAACUCAAACCUGUGUUGUUUUUCUUCUUCUUCAUUCAUGUUUGGUCUUAUUAAGUCACAUUAUUUCCUUCAUGCCAAAGAAACCACAAUUUUCAAUUCCACCCAUCUUCACAACAACUCAACCAACCAACUCAAAAUGUCGCACGACACCCUUUACCACUCUGAUUCAAAACCCCAAAACCUCUUCAACUUCCUUAAACUUCACGUUCUUAAACCACCUUAAAAACCAAAGACUAGAUUCAGCACGUGCUGUCUUCAACAAAAUCCCUUCCCCUCACGUCUCUCUCUACACCAGAAUGCUCCUCGCUUAUGCUCACAACCACAACCUCCCAGAAGCAAUCAAUCUCUUCAACCAAAUCCCGUCAAACACCAAAGACAUAAUCUCAUGGAACUCCAUUAUCAAAGCCUCGAUCCUCUGUGGCGAUUUCAUCACAGCAGUUAAACUGUUCGAUAAAAUGCCGCACAGAAACUCAAUCUCAUGGACAACAAUAAUCCAUGGCUUUUUAUCCGUCGGAAGAGUUGUUGAUGCUGAAAGAUUCUUCCGUGCAAUGCCAAGUGCUGACAAAGACGUUGCCACUUGGAAUGCUAUGGUUGAUGGUUAUUGUAAUAACGGUAGAGUUAACGAUGCUCUUCGGUUGUUCAGUCAAAUGCCUUGCCGAGAUGUUAUUUCUUGGACUUCAAUUAUUGCUGGGUUGGAUCGUAAUGGGAAGAGUUCUCAAGCGUUGGUUUUUUUAAAGGACAUGGUGGGUUGUUCUGGUGUUGAAAUCUCUUCGACUACUUUGGUUUGUGGGCUAUCCGCUGCUGCUAAAAUUUCGGGUUUUAAUGCGGGUAUUCAGAUUCAUUGUUGUAUGUUCAAGUUUGGUUAUUGUUGUGGUUUUGAUCAGUUCGUAUCUGCUUCGCUUGUUACUUUUUAUGCGGGUUGUAAUAGAAUGGAUAAUGCUUUUAAGGUUUUUGGUGAGAUUGUUUGCAAGAAUGUGGUGGUUUGGACUGCUCUUUUGACUGGGUAUGGUUUGAAUGAGAAGCAUGUUGAGGCAUUGGAGGUUUUUGGUGACAUGAUGAGAUUUUGUGUGGUGCCUAAUGAGUCUUCGUUUACUAGUGCUUUGAAUUCGUGUGUUGGGUUGGAGGAUCUUGAGAAGGGGAGAGUGAUUCAUGCUGUGGUAGUUAAGAUGGGUUUGGAAAAGGGGGUCUAUGUGGGGAAUUCACUUGUUGUUAUGUAUAGUAAAUGUGGUUAUAUUGGUGAUGCAUUGUGUGUGUUUAAUGGGAUUGGUGAAAAAAAUGUUGUGUCUUGGAAUUCUGUGGUUGUUGGUUGUGCUCAGCAUGGAUGUGGUUUAUGGGCUCUGGCACUGUUUAAACAAAUGUUGAUGGAAGGUGUUGAGUCUGAUGAGAUCACAUUGACCGGUUUGCUUUCUGCCUGUAGCAGGUCCGGGAUGUUACAGAAGGCGAGGUGUAUUUUUGGGUACUUCGGUCGGAAAAGAUCUAUGAAGCUGACGAUUGAGCACUAUGCUUGUAUGGUAGAUGUGCUUAGCCGGUGUGGAGAGGUAGAGGAAGCAGAAGCGCUGGCGAUGAGCAUGCCUGUGGAAGCAAACUCUAUGGUAUGGCUUGUUUUGCUGAGUGCCUGCAGGAAGCAUUCUAAUUUGGGUGUUGCAGAAAGAGCUGCCAAACGAAUAUUUGAAAUGGAGCCUGAUUGUAGUGCUGCCUAUGUGUUGCUAUCGAACUUGUAUGCAUCUUCGAGAAGAUGGUCGGAAGUGGCAAGAAUUAGGAUGAAAAUGAAGCAUAAUGGAGUUGUAAAACAACCCGGUUCAAGUUGGAUAACCUUAAAAGGACUAAAGCAUGAGUUUUUGUCUGCAGAUAGGUCCCAUCCACUUGCUGAGAAAAUCUAUGAAAAGCUAGAGUGGUUAGGAGUAAAAUUAAAAGAACUGGGUUAUGUUCCUGAUCAACAAUUUGCCUUGCAUGAUGUUGAAAUUGAGCAAACUGAAGAAAUGUUGUCUUACCAUAGUGAAAGGCUUGCAAUUGUAUUUGGGUUGCUUAGCACUGUGGAAGGAAGUACAAUAACCGUAAUGAAAAAUCUACGUGUAUGCGGAGAUUGUCAUAAUGCAAUAAAGCUUAUGGCAAAGAUUGUUGACAGGGAGAUCGUGGUCAGAGAUUCUAGUCGCUUUCAUCACUUUAAGAAUGGCAUAUGUUCUUGUGGGGAUUAUUGGUAGAACAUUGUUUAUUCAUUAAUUUGUUUGUUAGAAAGUCUAAGAGAUUUCACACUGAAAUUACUGAGGAAGGAAAAUGAUUUGAAAGUGAGUGAAAAUUAUUGUUUGUAUGCAUUGCAGAUCCUUGAUAAUGAAGGAAGAAGUGAAAAGUUUGGUAUGACAAUGACACAUUCACUGUCAUUAUAAUCUGUUAAACUAAGAUAAAAUGCUUAUUAAUGGAAGGAGCGAGCAGAACAUUCUGCGAGAAGGAGUAGUAUUACGUAUGAAGCACAAGAAAUCAUGUUUCAUAUAUAGCAAGAUGUAUGAGAUGAAGUGCAGCUAUCUGGCUACUGUAAACAAUUGGAGGAUUUAGAAUGUUGAACAUGGACUGCAUUAAAAGGCAUUGUUAUACAUUUUUCAAACUGGUAAUUUGAAACGGGUUCGGUUUCUUUCUGGUAGUGUGACUUCAACCACUACCAACCAGGAUAGAUUUAGCGGAGGAAAAUGGAAGCAGCCCGGCAGGAAAUUUAUUGGGAUAGCAAGGAUGAGUCCUAAUAUUCAAAGGAACAGAGGCAGGUACAAAAGAUUUAGGUUGAAAACUAACAGGAGUAAUGAGAAGGUUUUGAGAUUGUUUGAGAUUUGUGGAACCCCUUGGUUUCUCCUUAGGUAUUGGAAUUGGUAAGAUUGAAAUGUUCUAUAAAAUUUGCAGAGGACUUCUAAGACACAUAAAAAGAUAAAUGUGCUUCAUCAUUAAACAAUUUAUCAGUACAAAAGAAACAGUGAUAAAUGAAUAUGUUUCAUUUACUUCAGUAUUUGGAACAAAUGGAGGAAAGUAACUCAUGGGCCGGUUGAUGAUUAAGUGGUGUAAAGCUUCAAGUGGAAGGAUAGUCACACCUUAAGAAUGUUUUUAGAUAUGAUGUUAAAAAUUAGAAUUAAUUAUGUUUCUAGUCCUAUAAUUUUUUUUAAUUUUAUUUAGUUCCUGUGAAAGUUUUCAUUCAUUUUUAACUAUCAAAUUAUUUUUUGUCAA